UUUAUCACCGUAACCUUUAACAUUGCGAGCUCUUAAUAACAAAGUUUCUCACUUAUUAGACUCAUUUAGUGCCACAUAAACCCACAAUGUAUGUUCAAACCUUCAUAUUUUCGUUACUUUUGUAUCAUCUGGUUCACACUCAAAAGCAAAUCUCUAUACAAAGAUACAUCAACUGUUUCACGACGUCUGAAAUUAACCCCACAAACGUGCGCAUAGCGCACGACAAAAAAUUCAAAAAGUUCCUGUUAUGUGUCAACAAAGUGAACGGCAUCCAACACACAAACGGAAGUUUCGCCAAAACCACGAUAGAAGAAAAACUCUCCAGAUACAUCAAGUCUGCGGAAAUAGUGACCAGUGUGGUCAAUAACUGCACCCAAGAGCAAGAAACUCCGGAGGAAUCGGCGUACCACUACGCCAAAUGCAUGCACGAACUUCUACCACCCGACGACGAAGGAACAAUUAGACUGUCAAUAAUCAAUUUCUAUUUCUUUUGCGUGAAAGAUGACUUCGUCGAACGCUAUUCUGACUGCAUAAACACAUCCGGAGUAGACGAAGAAGACGCCAAGAUGUUACAACAUGGUAACAUUGUCGACAAACCACAACUAAAACAAUUCCUGUUUUGCAUAAACCAACAAAACAAUAUUCAAGAUCGAAACGGAAACUUCGACACAGAUCUUCUUCGUCAGAAACUAAAGAACCCUAUACUUAGCUCGGACCUGGUGGACACCCUCAUCAACAAGUGCAUUAUACACCAAGCAACCCCUCAAGAAUCCGCAUACCAAUUUUUAAAGUGCUCUCGGAGCUCGAUCAUGAUUAACACCGACGUUUCAUAACCUACCGAAUAAAAGAACUUGUUCUUGUUUAA